AUGCCGCUCAAACGCACUCCGCCCUUAUCGCCAGCAGCUACUAGAGAUGUCACAGCCACCACCCCAUCUUCCGUUAUGCUUAAACCUACCGAUUCUUCGCUACUUCAACAAUAUUAUUCGGCGCCAGACCUGAGUACCGUGGCUGAAAGUAUCCAUGAAAGAAAACGAAGGAAAAUUGGGGAGGUGGACGAUACUGAAAACCUAAGCUAUUUGAUUAAAGAAAUGUUUAUGUCCUUUUCUAAAGACCAAGAAAAGCGUUUUAAUAAGUUGCAAUCAACUAUUGACAUGUUAACGGAACAAAAUACUCAUCUAACAGCGAGUGUUGAACUGAUGAGUGGUAAAUAUGACGAAUUUUUGGAUAGAAUUUGUCAACUGGAACAAGAAAAGAAAGAAGAGAAGAAAAAAAUCGCCUUAUUGGAAGACAAGAUAAAUUUUUUAGAAAAAAAAUCGCGAUCUAGUGGCAUUGAAAUUCGCAAUAUAUACAAAAAGACAGGGGAAAAUAAAAAAGAUCUUUACUCCUACGCCGAAAAAGUAGGCAAAAUCAUAAACGUUGAUAUUGGCUGGGACAAAAUAAAUGAUAUUUACAGAUUGAAAGCAAAAGAUGGCACGGAUCCUAUAAUUAUAGAAUUAACUUCUGUAUUACUAAAAGAAAAAAUUCUUGAUAAUACAAAAAUCUUCAAUAGAUCAAAAAAAACGGGAGAAAAAUUAAAUACCAAUCACCUAGCCUUAGAGGGGCCGUGCAAACCAGUGUAUAUUUCGGAAACCUUAACUUCUAAAACGCAAAAACUCUUUCAUUUGGCGAGACUUUUUCAGAAACAAUUCAAUUAUAAAUUUUGUUGGACAUCACACGGCGUUGUUUAUUUGAGAAAGGAAGAAAACUUACCUCACGUUAAAAUAAUGUCUGAAUAUGAUAUUGAAAAACUUCGAAAGUUGGAAUGA